UUCGUGAGGUCGUUGUCAGCGAUACGAGUUGAUAACCGACUUUUUUUUUCUACAUUUUUCUAUUUUUGCCUGAAGCUUUGUUUGAACUUUUUAAACCUCCAUCCUUCUUUUUGGUGAAUUCUUCUUUUCUCCUGCGUUGGUUCUUCAUCCGAAAACGGAACUGUCAUGGCGUUUCCUCGGACGUCCUCCAUCGUGCUGUGGUUCUCACUCAUCUUCUUUGUUUAUUGGACGACCUCGGCUGCUGAGUCACAUGACCCUUCACCUGCUGACCUCUCAGCCCUUCGCAGGCUCAAAAGAGAGCUGGAUGCAACCACCAAAGAACGGAUCCAGAGUGGGUUCCAGGUGGGCAUGGACACUCUGACCAUGGUCACACAGGCGACGAACACAUUCAAACCUAACCAGCUGGCAUCGGUGUUCAAGGCCCUGGAAAACUUUGCCAGUUUGGCGCCCGGUAUCGGAAGUGUGGUCAUCUCAAUUGUCAACGUGGUUCUGGCCAUCAUCCCUCAGGAAAAUGGCAUCGAGGAGCUGAGGAACGGCUUCAGCGAGGUCAACCGGAGGCUGGACUCCCUGACCUUCCAGAUAUCCGACCUGUCCACAGACGUGGAGUGGUUCAACUUCGCCAGCGUCUACUCUCAAGAUGAGACUCGCAUCCUGAACGCCUGGAGGAAGUUCAGUGAGCUUGAGCAGAACCUCAGACUGGUGACGAGUGAAGAGGAGAAGCUGAGGCUGGCGGAGAUCUUCGCCAACUUCUAUGAGAAUUCAGGGACUGAGGGCAGCGUGGCCAGCAUCUACCAUUACCUGACGGUCAACGGCACGUCUCUGAGCAGGAACAUCAACAUCCUGUUGAAGGACAAGUUCAAAUGUGGCAUCAAAGAGAUAGGCCGCUAUAACCUGUACCUGAGCAGUCUGCUGUGGAAGGGCAUGUUCCUCAACCAGCUCUACUGGAAACUCAUCGGAUUCAGCUCAUCAGGUCAACAGGACGAACAUAACCGCAUGUUCAAGAACGUCUUCAAAGCUCAGAACGAUGCUUUGCAGUACUGUCUGGACAAAUUUUACGAGUACUUGGUUAAAGAUGUGGAGGUGGUCAGCAAAAGAUUCACCAAAGACCAAAAAGAAGACAUCGCUGCCAACGUCCGAAAGAAUCUGGAAGAGAAGUACUACUGGUACAACUGGGCAGUGAUAGUUUAUGAGAAGAACAAUGAGGCCAACUACAAACUUCUCUAUAUGUGGCGUGUACCUGUGGGGGACCUGGUGGUGGCGGUGGGAUACACCCACAAGGGAAUCAACACAUAUGAUUACGAAGUUUUGAGGGCUGAUCAGAGAUGCUUUACUAAUACCCAGUGUUCGGACCUUGGACAGAACGCCCUGGACUGUCAACUUUGGUUGUAUACUGGAAAGUUCGUAAAUCAGCCCGGGAGUUCAGACCCUGUGAAGGAAGUGGAAUAUAAAAGGUUUUCAGAUUAUGCCACAGUUUUGCAUUAUUUCUAUGGUGAUGCUCCAGUGAUGUCGCCAUGGCCUCGUGACAACAAGGUGGAGUGCACCCUCAAUGGUUACAGGUACAAGGUGAACGUCUACCUGUCCAGACGGCUGCCGGUUUGUUCCUCACCUGACACCUGUCUGAACGGAGGCGUAUGCAGGCGGCUGAUGGACUCCAAUGAACACCUAUGUGACUGUCGUGAUGGUUACUAUGGAAACAGAUGUGAAAGCAGCACCAGCAUCUACCACAACAUUGACAUCGGUUCCCUGGUGCCGGACGUAACCACCCUCAACACCAAACUGGACCAAAUCCUUGACACCCGUCUGAAGCAGAUAGAGGACAAGCUGGACCAGGUCCUGAGGACAUGUCCAGCCCACUAACGAAGACCUGAACACACAUCAACAACAUCCACCGUCACCGUCGGAGGUUCCAGGUCCUGACCCACUGGGACGUUUAUGUCACAUGGGAAAGCCUGUGAUAAUAGGAGUUAUUAUGGGAUGGAUGUGUGGUGUGAAUAUGUCCAACAGAUGAAUAAAUAAACAUCAGUGAGUUGGUC